GAUUAAAGCAUGAAUGGGAGCAGCUUCCCAGCCACAAUGGAGAGAGAAGGAGGUUCGGGCUAUGGGAAUAAGGUUUCCUUCCAAACGAGCCUCUGAGGAUCCUGCUGGCAGUUCCAGCAGUGUCUUGUAGAAGUGCCCUCCUGCUCCUGGUCCCAGCAGCCGAGGCCCCUCCAAACCUGCUUCUGCAAUGGGUGGGUUGUAAGCACUGGUAAUGAGGAGCUGUGGGUCCAGUCAGUCUUGGAGAUGCCGAAGAGACGAGACAUCCUGGCUAUCGUGCUGAUAGUUCUGCCCUGGACACUACUAAUCACCGUCUGGCACCAGAGCACCAUUGCUCCACUGCUUGCAGUGCACAAGGAUGAUGGUGGUGACUCCCGGCGUGAUCUCGCUGCAGGCUUGGACUCCAAGGAAUACUGCUUGUCGGACCGGGACAUUGUGGAGGUGGUGAGGACAGAAUAUGUUUAUACCCGCCCACCCCCAUGGUCAGACACCCUUCCCACCAUCCACGUCAUUACACCCACCUACAGCCGGCCCGUGCAGAAGGCAGAGCUGACGCGCCUGGCCAACACCCUCCUGCACGUGCCCAACCUGCACUGGAUCCUGGUGGAGGACUCUCAGCGACGCACCCCUCUCAUCACCCGGCUCCUGCGGGACACGGGGCUCAACUACACCCACCUCAACGUGGAGACGCCCCGCAACUACAAGCUGCGGGGAGACAUGAGGGAUCCCCGCAUCCCCCGGGGGACCAUGCAGAGGAACCUUGCCCUGAGGUGGCUGAGAGAGACCUUUAACAAGAAUAACAGCCAGCCUGGGAUUGUUUACUUUGCUGAUGAUGAUAACACCUACAGCCUGGAGCUCUUUGAGGAG